CAUUGGCGGGUAGUACGGAAAGUGAAUUUAUGUCACUAUUUACUAAAUAGUGUUCUGGAAUUUAUUGUAAUAUUAGUAUUGGCUUUGCGUGUUGCCGGCCUACUACAGAAUGGCACGCAAAAGCCGCGCGGAAGCAGAAUUUGCUACACCUGCACCAGUACACGGAUCGGAUGAGCGUCUCCAUACCACAGGCGCGCAAGAAUCCGACUCGUCUGCAACUCACCGCAGGAUGAGGUCUUUCGGGUCCGCUUCGACGUUUGGCAAUUUGCCAGAAAACGACGACGAUACGGAGAGGCGAGAGCGUCAGAGACAGCGAAUAGUUCAGAUGCAACAGAAGACGUUGAACAGUCCAGCGACGCCAACCGACAGGCGCCGAUCCAUUGGUGGGACAUAUUUGACUAAUGCUCUAAUAGCUGAACACUAUGCAAACUGCAUCAAGAUGUCUUCAGAAAAUAAAAUCACAGUGAAGAAUGCAUUUAAUCUGCAUUUGAUUGACUACAUGGCUGAGAUGCUUAGUAAAAAAGGAGAGCUGACCAACUUUCAGGUUGCUAGUUGCACCUUAGAUGCUGGUGCAAAAAUCUAUGCCUGCAGAGUGGAUGCAGUGCAUUCAGAGGUAUGCAAGAUUGCUGGUGGGCUUGGACAUACUGGCAAUGCGCUGAACAACCGGCCAGCUGAAGGUGAAGAAGGUGAGGAAGGAAUUGAAGAUAAUAAUGAAGAAGGCACUAAGAAAAGGACAAAGCGGGUGCGCAAGGUGAAGACGCUGGUGACGAAUCUUAACACGAUCAACGUGAAGACUUACGACAUUCAGUUCGACGUCGACCCGCUGUUUCAAAAGACGUCGGCCGCGUUCGACGAGGGAGGCACGCGCGGACUGCUGCUCAACAGCCUGGCGUUUCUCGACGACGCGGCGGAGGUGGUGCUGGAUUCCAGUAGGAUGCGGUCGGGUCGAGAGGAGCUGCUAGCCAGCGUGAGGACAGACGAGCCGCUGAUGUCGGCAAAUCAACUCGCAGGUGUGUGCAGCAACGUUGUAGCGACUGUGGAAAUCUGUCCUGUCUUUGCCGACUUUGAGUUCACCAGCUGGAAGCAAGAUGCAGAUCGCUCAUUCGAUGUGGGUGACUCUGAACAUGCGAAUGCGAUGAAAGGCCAAGAACAUGCAUUUGAUAUUAAUGCACCUGUGGAACCUAUUGAGGAUUUCGGAGACCGAGAAGGAAGAGACUUCACUGCAAUGGAUGAUUAUGAUGGCGGCGGGGACGAUUUCAGCGAUGGCGGUGACAAUGAAGCCACUCGGGUGACAGCUGAUGGCGUGGAAAUGCGUGCAGCUUCUCACCAAGAUGGGGGUGAGGAGCAACGGCCCAGAGUAAACUCUAUCGGAGAUCUGGUUCAGAUGCUGGCGGAGGAAGGACCUUCAGAAUACUCCUACUUUAGUGCCACUGCAGGUUCUAUGUGGGCUGGUCCCGGACACUGGAAGCUGAAGUUGUUAAAUAAAGGUGUAAAGGCAACAAUAAAGAAGAAAAAGAAGGCGAAGAAAACUUUUCUCAUUGAUUUCGACGAAGACUUGGAUUUUAAAGCCUACUUCUCCAAGUCAAAAGCAUCUACAGUACUGUCAAAAGCUACAAUAGUGAAACACAAAAAGUCGGAUGUGACGUUACCAGAGGAUAUGGAUUACGGGGUGGAAAAUCUUUUCAAACUCUACCUUAAGCCCUGCAUAAAGAUUCGCAAGCAUACAGGAGAGAAUGAGUUGAAGGACGAGCGUUUACAAAACUACGACUACAACAACGCGAACGACUGUCAUAAUUACUGCGCUGCCGAUGGCGAGAAUUACGAUGACGACGACACUGCCGGCUUCGGUCUGAGCCAGGACUGUGACUUCACUGAUCGCAGCGGCUUCAUCACCCAGAUGGCGCAGGACUCUGACGCGCCGCUGCCGUCCGGGCUAGAGCAGAUCAACGAGGAGCAGGAUGGCAUGCUUGCUGGUGACAACCUGGUCGCUGUUCCUCGCAAGGUGAUGAAAAUAGACAUUGCAUAUGCGAAGGCAGCCAAGAGGAUGGAUGUGAAAAAACUUAAAACUGCAAUGUGGAGCAUCCUGACUACAGACACCAGCACAGAGGGCUCCAAGUUGAACGAAUCCAACCCGGUAUUCGAGAGUGACGUUAUAGAGAAACCAAAGUCGUUCAAGAAAAUGUACAAGGAGUUACCUUCAAAGCUCUCAAAAAAGAUGGAACAGAAUCUAAGCAUUCCAAUCGGCUUUGUCUGCUUCCUGCAUCUCUGCAAUGAGAAGUGUUUAAAGCUAGUUGGUACAAACGACCUUAGCGAUUUCGUAAUACAACAGGGAUCAUGAGGGGGCAGCACUGUGCAGCCAGCACUGCAACACAGCACUGCCAAAUACACCGGCACUAUAUUACGAUUUUUGCACCAGGGAGAAAUACACAUUUUACAUAUUUUCUUAUUUAUCAUAUGUCAUGUGCUAUUUUCAAUAAUCCUGAAUAGCCGAACUCGUAGAGCACGGACGUCACGUCUGAAAGGUCGUUGGUUCGAAUCCCAACUGUUUAGUUUUUUGUUGUUUUUGUUUUGUUUUUCUGUUUAGGGUUAA